AUGGCAAAAAUGUAUCACUACUUUUUGAAAGUCCACUUUGAUUCCAACGGCCUCCGCAAGGAACCGCGAUCGCAGUUAUUGAUUUCUAACUUGCCAAUAAUGCAAACGGUAAUCCCUUAAUCGCCUAUACGAAAAACUUUCGAAAAGGUCGCGAUCGAUGCGGCCCCAGGGGACAGAGAGUCGAUGGCUCGUCUUUUGCACAAUUUUACGGUCGCCGCUCUGGUUUUCGUCGUCUACAAGCUCUGGACGCGUCGUUCGCCUUCGGAUAUCUCUGAGCGAGGACCUUCCUGCGCGAAUUCGACGCAAAUCUCCCUCAAACCUCAGAAGCUCUUCUCGGCGCAGUCGCUUUGCGUCGGUGAGAAGCUGAAGGAAUGUGUUCCGCCUUUCGUUUCGUUCCGACAGCAAUACCGCGUGAGUUUUCUUAAAGUUUAGUUCACUAGCUUGUGGCUAAACCAAGAAAAAGUAUCUUCUUUAUUAUUAAAUUUUUUUAAUGUGGCAAAAUAGGAUAAUUAUUUGAAGGAUAUUAGACUUGAAAGGACCAGAAUUUUUAAACAUAUUCAAAGCUUCAACUCAGCCAUUAAGGCGAUCGUCCACAUAAGAAUUGAGGAAGAGAAAGUAAGCAUAUCAACGAUGAAGAGGGUCAGAGAACUUUUUAAAAAUUUUUUGAUAUUCUGUACGGAACUUGUUAUAUUCUGUUCAAAAUAAGUUUUUUUUUAUAUAUUUCUCGGCCACUGUCAGACUGCUCUCGUUCAAUUUUCUAAAAUUUUCAGUUUUCGAAAAAGUAUUCUCUGCUGGGAUGCGCCAUCGAGAAGAAUUUCUCGACGUUCCUGACCGCCAUUUUGUGCUUUUUACACGACGAGGAAGGCUUCCAAAAAAAUAACAGAACCUUGGAUCGAGAAAUUUUCCAUCAUAGGUAUAAAAGGAACGCAAUAGAUAAUGUUUUACUUAGGCUGUGUGCGAAACAAAACGAAGCGACCAGUAUGUCGGAGAUGGGAAAUCGCAAUUGGACCCUGCUGGCGGUGAUCCGAGACCCCGUCGAGCGCUUCGUCUCUGGAUUUGUCGACAAAUGUCUGAGGUAGGUCGAUAUCUGACUCGAACGCCUCAUUUUGUUCCUCAAGGGAGCAAACUUGGAAAGCGCACCGGGAGCGUUGCAACGGCUGUCGUACAGUAAGUCGCGAUAAGGAGCUCGAGUUGACGUUUCCUUGAGAACUUGACUUGUUUCGUGGAAGUUGAGUAUUCUCGGAUGAUGCACUACACGAAGCAUCGCAGACACGUUUCUUUCGACGACGAUCAUUUUUUCCCUCAGUCCUGGUCAGAACUCGGUGUCAAGCAGCUUUCGAUUGAGGAUGAACCUUGUAGAGUGUUCCGCGCAAGACUCUUGAAGCGAAAAUUGGUCAAAUUUGAUUUAAAAAAUGUGAAAAGCUGUGGCCUGUAUUGCAAUUAUACUGGCACGGUUAGAUAGAUAUUGGGCUAGAACUAAAAAAACAAUAUAAUUAAAAAAAUUUUUUUGAAGAUCAAGUGCACAAAUCUUGAAGCGAAAAAAAGAUAGUUUCAUUCUUAAAAAAAGAAGUUAGUAGAUAAAAAAACUUUGAUCUGCUCUACUUGCUUCCCUAUUACAACGCUAUUUUUUUCAAAAAUAUUUACUAAAUCCCAAGUUAAACUUCUUCACAUGUGUUGGAACUGUCAGUUGAAGGCGUUGCGAGUUCGCAUCAAGCAUGUCCAAGUAUCAUUUGCUGAAGCUGAACGCAGAGAAGCCGGCGGCGUUCUUCGACGCCCUCGUCGACCUCCUGCAACGAAGCCACGUCUCAGACGCUUCUAUCGAGUUCAUCGGUAGGUUCAAAAGACGUCGAUUAGUCGAUGGCAAGUUCAGACGUGUCGUUGCGAUCGAAGAGAACGCGUCACAGCACGGUGAAUUCUCCUGAACGAACGGCAGUCUUGCGAGAAAUUCGGGGUAGUCGCCGUCUCACUUCGCGCCUCGUUCAGAUGUACUUCUACGACUUUGUCCUCUUUGGAUUCCCUCUUCCUCAAAUCCCCGCAACUUAG